AAGUGUGUGGUUAAAAGUGGCGUGUUCUUAAUAUACUGUGUAUCUAAGUGGUAUGAUUUCAACGUGGGUGUAAUAUAGCCUCUGUAUAUAACUUAUACCUCAAUGGAUUGCGAAAUAAAAAGGUGUCCAUUAGCUGUAUAGGCCAGUUAUCAAAAAUUAAAUACAGUUAUUGGUUUAAACUACACGUGGUAUAGACUGUUAUUUCAUUGAUCAUCGUAAACAGUAUAAAACUACUAAACCUAUCAAUAUGGGAAAGUUAAAUAUAUUUGAAAUAACAUUCUCUAACCCCCAGGCGGUGUACUAUGGAGGGCAAUUAAUACAAGGCCAUGUUACAGUGGAAUUAAAUGAUGAAAUAAAAAUGAGAGGAAUAAGACUUCAUUUUGAUGGCGGUGCACGAGUUCACUGGACAGAACGACACAGCACAGGCAGUGGUAAAAGUAGACGCACAGUUACAAGACAUUAUUCAUCCAGUGAAACAUAUUUUAAUCAUACGCUGGUGUUAUUUGGCAAAGGUCCAGGACAGAAGGGAGACGACCCAGUUUUAAAAGCAGGAAGAUAUACAUAUCCAUUUAGUUUCCAGUUGCCCACAGGAAUACCAUCAUCUUAUGAAAGUUUUACUGGGCGGGUUCGAUAUUCAGUGGGUGGUGUAAUCGAUCGUCCCUGGAAGUUUGAUCAUACGACGAGGCGGGCUUUUACAAUUGUCGAUCCUCUUGAUCUUAAUCUGGAGCCAAUGGCCACGCAAGGUGCCUCAGCAAAUGAUGAUAAAACGUUGUGUUGUUUGUGCUGUAAAUCCGGGCCAAUUAGUUGUAUGUUCAAACUUGAUAGAUUGGGUUACGUACCCGGUGAGGUCAUUCCCAUCACCGGUGAGAUAAAUAAUGGCAGUCGACGAAAGAUGACCAGUUCUUUCGCUGACAUUAGAAUGACUGUUCAAUAUCACGCCAGAACAAAAACUAGAACAAGAUGUAAUAUUGUGUCUAAAAUCUGGCAUGGUGCCAUUGAACCAGGUGAUAGUGAUAUUUGGAACGGAGAUCAUCUGCCUGUACCUCCGUUACCCCCGUCUGGUUUACGAGGAUGUCGAAUUAUAGAUAUCAAAUAUACAGCAGUGUUAAAUGUUGUUCCGUCUGGUUUAGCUUUUGACUUGGUGGUGCCAAUUGAUAUCAUAUUAGGCUCAAUACCUCUCCAGAGAGUAGCACAACAGUAUGGUCUACCACCACCUCUUCCAGGGACUAAUGCAAUACCAAUGCAACCAUCAGCUCCUUCCAAUAUGGGUUUGCCUCCGCCAUCCUAUGCUGAAUGUGCCUUUGGUAAGGUUAAUAUACGCGAAGAGAGUGAUAAUGAACACACACGUGGGAAUAUGGACUAUGCUCCUGUUUACUCAUAUUAUAAUUGGAAUCAACAUGAAGCUAAUACAUUUAUGCCUGUAACUGAGCAAGAGACUGAGUAAAACAAGCUAUGAUCAUACUAUAAUCCUACAAUAUUCCGUCCAAAUGCAUGUAUUAUAACUAUUUGAUGUUAUAUAACGAAUACUGUACGAGGUUUAUAUACUAUAAUCCUACAAUAUUCCGUCCAAAUGCAUGUAUUAUAACUAUUUGAUGUUAUAUAACGAAUACUGUACGGGGUUUAUAUACUAUAAUCCUACAAUAUUCCGUCCAAAUGCAUGUAUUAUAACUAUUUGAUGUGAUAUAACGAAUACUGUACGGGGUUUAUAUACUAUACUUAAAGGCACUCAUGUCUGUAGCUCAGCGAAUAGAGGAAAAUAUAAUAUCUCAAAUUUGACCAUUUACAACUGUCUGAUUCGUAGGACUCAAAUAACAUUGCUUCACAUUUGGGUGAUAUUUGGUGCUAACAUAACAAACACCGCUCUAGCCUUGGUGCUUGAAAUUUAACAUCGCACAUACAGUAGUCUGUUUUAGGAGUGAUAUCUUCUAAUGUGAAAUGUCAUCAUAUAACCAGAUGCAUCUUCGGUGGUGAAUUAUUUAAAACAACCAAUCGGAUUAAAAAACAAGAUCUAUAUUUCGUUUCGUUUUUUAUCCUUUCGAUGGCCUACACUACAUGAAGAUCUGACCAGUUGUAGUGGAAGGUCGCGUCAGAUGUCAGACACUGAUUAAUCAAUCAGCGUUAACGUUUCUAGUGGUUUACCCAAAGUUCCGUGCACCUCAUGUCAAAAACUCACCGUAGCAGAUUGUUUCCUUGGCUAAUAUAACAACUCUUCCAGACCUUAGUGUAGUAAAGACAGGUAAACGAAAUUUUGAACUAUAAAAAACGAAACGAAAUAGGAUCUAUGUUUUAAUCAGAUUGUAAAACCACACGCUUUGUUCACUUUGCGCUGUGAGCACGUUUUGUGGAUUUGGUGCUAUAUAAAUGAACAUAUAUAGAGCAUCUCCUACUCGUCUUUUUUUAUAUCAAAAAAUAUUAACACAAGUCGAUAAAGUAAAAAAAAAACGAGGCUCUUAUUUAUCACUGAAUCCUUCCUUACAUGCAUAAAUAAAUAAAUCUAAUUCUUUGCUAUAGAUUUCACUUUUAUUGAACCUGGUUACAUUACGGCAUAGUGAUACAUCAUUUGUGACAGCAAUUCAAUCAUUAGAAAGGCCUUUGUAUUGACCCAGUGUUUCCAUGAAAGUCAAUUAAAUAAAAAUAGUUUCUUUUUAAUAAGAAAGAAGUUAUUUUUAAUAAAAAUGAACUGUUCUUUGAAAAUAAAAAAAAGUAGUUCCUUUUUAAUUGACCAAUCAAGUUCAUGUAAAGCGAUAUCUACUGUAGAAUGUAUUAUUGGGUGACAAUAUUAUUUAUUAUUGGUCACGAUGGACGGUAUCGUCUUUUCACUAUUUAGCCAGGCAGUGGUCUAUACAUGGCAUUUCUGCUAAAACAACAAAAUUACUUUAAAUGACAUUUUGUGGCAUGACAUAUUGCACAAAUCUCAGCCAUACACCCGGACAAAAAAUUUUGUUUGAAAAUUGCCAAAUAUAACUCAUAACUUCAGUGUUAAUUGUUUUCCUAUAAUUGAUAAUAUAUAUUUAUCCUACCAACACGAAGUAUGUGUAAAUAUAAAUAUGCAACCAUAAUAUGUAUUAAUUUAUAAUGAUUUAUUAUCCUUUUUUGAGGAGUUUGGUUUUCUCUGCUAUCAAUGAAGCAAAUCUGAAGUGCCUAUACAAAUAAAUAUAUAAAAAUAAACCUAUUAUAUCUACUAUAUCAUAAUAUGUGUUAUUGUUACUUUUAUGUUCCACUUUGUUUUUCUCUACUAUUUAUCCGGCCAACUUGAAAUGUCAUUUAAUAUAAAAAAAAAAGACAUCCACUAGUUUAUAAUAAGUUUUAUUAUGCCAUUUUGUCUCACUUUAUUUUUCUCCACAAUUUAUCCGACCAACAUGUUAUUUAAUAUAAAAAAAAGAUAUCCACUAGUUCAUAAAAUGUUUUAUUAUACCUUUAUGAUCCACUUUGUUUUUUCUCUUCUAUUUAUCCGUCUAACUUGAAGUGCUGUUUAAUAUAUAAAAAAAUAUCCACUAGAUCAUAAUAUGUUUUAUUAUACUUUUUUGUGAAGAGGUUUUUUUCUUCUAUUUAUGCGACCAACUUGAAGUGUCAUUUAAUAUAAAAAAAAACAUCCACUAUUUUAUAAUAUGUUUUAUUAUACCUUUUGUGUGAAGAAUUGUUUAUCCAACUAUUUAUCCGGCCAACUUAAAGUGUCAUUUAAGAAAAAAAAAAGAUACCCACUAGAUUAUAAGAUGUUUUAUUAUACCUUUUCGUUCGCCUUGUUUUUUCUCCACUAUUUAUCUGGUGCUAUUUAAUAUAUAGAAAGAUAUUUACUAGUCCAUAUAAUAUUUUAUUAUAAUUUUUUGUGAAGAAUUUGUUUUUUUCCUACCAUUUAUUUGGCCAGCUUGGAGUAUCGUUUAAGUAUUGUUUAAUGGUCGAGAGAGAGAUAUUAAGUUAACGGCCCUCGUAUUGUUUUAAUAUAUUACGCAAUGUCUUAUAAGCUCGAGACCAUUAAAAAACGUAAAAUACAGACACUUCGCACGUGCUUCUACAGUGAAAUGUCACGCGAGUCCAAUAUUUCACUAGCAUAAAAAUGUACGAUCGGCAAGUUGUCCGUACGAUUAUUUGAAAUAAUGAUACGCCAACAUUAAAGGGUGACGUCACAUCUGUA